AAAAAACAGUGUUGGAGAUGACCUAGCCCUAAGAACCGGGUUCUCCACUUCCUCUUCCUCCCUUGCUCACUCGCCAAGCAUUCCAGGUCCUGGAAGCAUCUAGACCUAAGGAUUUACGCAGCCCAGUCCAGCGUGCAGGGUCUUCUGGCCAGCCGGCGAUGCCCGGAUGCUGACGGUUCUCCUGGGAGGAAACUCGGCUUCAAAAUCUGGCGACGGCAGCUCGCUAGGGUGCCACGCAAUUCCACCCCUACUCCAACCCCACAAGAUCUACAGCGGCCAGAGCCGGCGCACCCCAGCUGUUCGGCGUAAUGCCUAAGGAGCAAGCGACGGCCUCCCGCAGGCGGAAGGCGGCGCCCGAGGCGCGUGGCAGCGAGGGGAUCGACGCUCUGCCGGGCGAGGUCCUGCAGCAUGUGCUGUCCUUCUUGCCGGUGGCGGAGGCCGUGCAGACCUGCGUGCUGGCUCGGGGCUGGCGCGACCUCUGGAAGUCCAUGCCGGUCCUGCGCAUCACCUGCGAGGGGAGGAUUCUGAACCGGCGGGGCGUCAGGAGGCUCAACAAGUUUGUGAACCACCUGCUGCUGCUCCGCGACCGCAGCGCGCCUCUGCAUGCGUGUGAGAUAGAGCUCAGUACUUUCCAUAGCCAGGAUGAACCGCAGGUCAACUUAUGGACCCGACAUGCUCUCUUGUGCCAAGCUCGAGUCCUCAGUGUUCAUUUAAGCCGUGAUAACAAUAGCUUCGAGCUGCUGGAGGACCUGCCUCUCGUCUCUCCGCACUUGACGAGGUUGGAGCUUUGCAACGUAGUGUUAAAUGAUAGCAUUCUGAAUUUUUCGAGCUGCCCAGCGCUGGAAGAACUAUGGAUGAGGGGUUGCUACAUCCAAGCUGAUAUGAUCAUGUCCCUGUCCCUAAAACGCCUCACCAUCCUUGACUGCAUAUUUUAUCCAAAUGAACGGACUCGGAUUUCUGUCCCGAGUCUAGUUGCACUGGAAUUAAUUGAAUGUUGGGGGAGGACUCCUUUGCUUGAAAGCAUGCCAUCGUUAGUAACAGGUUCUAUUAAGCUUGCCGACUGUGAUGAUUGUUGUGGUAAAGAAGCUGGUGGUUCGUGUGUAGAUGAUACCUGUGAAAAUUGUGGUUCCAAUGGUGAUGGCAGUGGAGAUUGUGUGCUUCUCAGUGGUUUGUCAGAUGCUAAAAGCUUGGAGUUGAUAGCUGAACCUUGUGCGUUUAUUCUCAAAAGAGAUUUGAUGUGGUGCCCAACCUUUAGCAAGUUAAAAACCUUGUUACUCAAUGAUUGGUGUAUGAAGGCCAAUCUUGGUGCACUCAUGUGCUUUCUCCAGCAUACACCUGUUCUCGAGAAGCUUACUAUCCAGCUUUGUCAGGCACCCAGCAGUUGGAUGGGGACUGAAGGAAGCUACAAUCUGACGGGACAACCGUUUGCAUCUAGCAAGCUUAAGGUACUUGAAAUCAAGUGUGAGAAGAUUGAUGAGAGGGUUCACAGAAUUUUAACGUUCUUGAGUACCUAUAGCAUACAUGUUGAGCAAAUCAAUAUCCAGCAGAGUAUUGGAUCUUCUGAAGAGCCCAAGGAUUUUCCUCAGGAACCCAGAGCUGGACCUUCUCAAGCGCGAACUCCGCGUGUGUUGCCCUCGCAGAAUGCUCAGUUGAGGAGCAUGGCUGAGCAGAUUGUAGUCAGGCAGGAGCAGAUCGAAGUUGAGCAACAGCAGAUCCUAGCGCAUCUGGGGCAGAUCCAAGUUGAACAGCAGCAGAUCCUAGCGCAUCAGGAGGAGAUCCAAGUUGAGCAGCAGCAGAUCAUAGCUGGGCAGCAGCAGCAGAGGCACCUCUUGACUCGGAUCUUAGCCUGGCUCCAGGAACAUUCAGCUCGGAAGACUCCACCAGCUGCUCCUUGUGCUGCUGGCUCAGCUCACACAGCGGGUCUUGAGUGACAUGGUGCAUUUGCAGAGACUUUGAUCAUCCAUUGUCACUACAUGUAAGCUAUAUGCAUGUCAGUUUAUCUUGUUAGGCACUUAAGAGCAUCUCCAAUAGAUGGUCCAAAAUUUGGCGGUCCAAAACCGGAGAUGUAAAAUUUGGACCGCCAAAAAAUGCGUUUUGGAGCUCCGAAAAAAGCUCAACUCCAACAGAUGGUCCAAAUUGAUGGUCCAAAAGAGCAACUCCAAUAGACGGUCCAAAAUGAAGAUGUAAAUUCCUGAAAUUCCUGAAAUUUGUUAAGUCCGAGAAUUCGCCAGUUUUAAACAUCACUUAGCUGUUUUCAAAAUGAUACAACUAUUGUUCUGUACCUCCUAUGAUUUUGUGCCUUAUAUCAAUUUUGAGCAUUUUUCUGUGAUC